CACUGACCAAAACCCACUGAUCAAAGACCAUGAGUACCAUUCACAGAGAGUUGGGGAAUUGCUGCAAUCACGGCAUUGUAAGGUCUGCCCCGGGCCUCCUCCCAGUGGGACAUGGCCAGAACACCUCACCCUGGAGGCAUCCCUGUCAGAUGCCCAAACCGCCACUACUUUCAAAGCCAGGAAGUGAUGUCAGAAUGAGGAAACGCUCCAAGACCUUAAAACAGGAACAAAUCUGUGUUUUUGGAGCUGUUCCCCUCUGCUUCACUGCAGGUGCUCUGACCUCUAAACAGUUUUCCUGAGCUGCUCGGUCCUCCUCGAGCAGCUCAGGAAAACUGUUUACCUGUUUCUGCUGAGAGGAGCAGCUGCACAUGUGAUGUACUGUUAGCGACUCCAGGCCAGCGAGGAUCUGCUGGAGCUCAGCUCAGGAGGGAGGCAAAGGCUUAUGAUCCUGCACAACAACAACAACCAUCAUUUUCACACAAACAGAGGACUGUCAUGUGAUGCGUGUGCAUACCUUCAUGUUGUUCCACGGGAGUGGACACAGCUCCACACCUGCAUGAUGAGCUGAUGUCUUUUAUUGACUAACUGAAGAAUCAGAAAUGAAUCUUUUUGGUAAUUAUUAAGCAAUCAUUAAUAUUCAAAGGAGAAAGCACAACUUGUGUCUUCAAUGAAACAUUGAAGCAAAAAAGCUUCAUUUUGGAAUGCUGCAGCGCUACUUGAAUGUGGGCGGGGCUUUGCUGAAAUGGUACGGGGGCCUUCUGUGACAUUCACCUGCACACGGUGUGAAGGUUUGAUGUGACGACUUUAUGUUACUGUGACAACAGCACACUUGUGUCAGGUGACCGCGCUCCGUUUACAGCCGUGUUAUUUUAGGCCCAGAUAACUUCAGACUUCAUGGCGCCGAAACACGCGUCUCGGUUUACAGUUGUGAAAAGAAGCUUCGUAUAACGAUGCGAUAAGGAGGUCAGAGCGUACAGGAAGUCAGGGCGGGCUUUAAAUGUGAUCCAGCCGCUGCUGGAAUGAGAGUUCAGUGUGGGAGCAAGCAGCCGUGAGAGGAGGAGGGGCUGUCUCAGGUAACCUGAGCCACAGGUGUGUACCUGCUGAUCUUCUUUCUGAGACUGGACGUUGCUGCAGCCCCUCCAUUCAUCAACAAGCUGCUUUAGCUCCUCCCAUUUCUCCGCUGACUGGCUGCUCCUUUAUUAACAGUUCAGAUUCUCUCUCUCUCGCUCUCUCUCUCUCUCUAGGGUGUGGAGGAUGUGAGUUGUGCCUGAACACUUCAACCUGCUAAUCAGAUCCAGCCAGUAAACGCUGCGUUCUGUGCAGACACAGAGGAGUCGGGCUGGUUUUAUUAGACUUGCUGGAUCAGAAGCCAAGUGCUGGACGCGGUCUCGGUGGUUGAUGUGGUCCUGAUCGGGACCGAGAGACCUGCGAGGAUCGGACCCGUCCCGGUCUGAAAGAUGGCCGUGCUCCACACAAAAGCUGUGACUGUGAUCCUGUCUGUCACUGUGCUGCUGGGGCUGCUGUACUUGUCCCAGUACUACAGAUCUGCCGUUGAAACCACCACGUUCAGUCAGCCUGGUAUUGAUCUCCACCUGGAGUCUCCUGAGCAUCGUACUGACGUGGUGACGGUGACGCCGUGGUUGGCUCCGGUGGUCUGGGAGGGAACCUUCAACCCGUUUCUCUUGGACAGCAUCUACAAAAGGAAGAACAUCACCAUUGCUGCCACAGUCUUCGCUGUCGGAAAGUACAUCAUGUUCCUGAAGGACUUUCUGCAGACGUCUGAGGAGCACUUCUUUGUUGGCUUCAGGGUGGACUUUUACGUGUUCACUGAUCGCCCUAACGAGGUGCCCAAAGUGAACAUGGCGGCCGGCAGAAUGCUGACGGUGCGCUCAGUGCCCAGCUCAAACCGCUGGCAGGAGAUCUCAGCUCGCAGGAUGGAGAUCAUCCAGAACCUGAUCGAGAAGAAGCUUCAGAACCGCGCCGACUACAUCUUCUGUCUGGACGUCGACUCAAAGUUCCACGGUCGCUGGGGGGCCGAGUCGCUGGGAGGACUUGUGGCCGUGAUCCAUCCAGGUUACUACAGAGAUGACCGCAGCAGGUUCCCCUACGAGCGGAGUCCUGCGUCCAACGCCUAAACUGGGUGAAAUGAGCCAGUGUGUGUCUGACUUUGGGAAAGGCCUCGCACGUCUGACCUUCACCCAUAAUCCCUCUCAGGAAUCAUUUUUAACCCCACCCCCAGACCUCUGCUGAGCAUGUACAGUUUGUAAACAAUUUAUGCUGUUGAGUCAUAGAAAUGUCCCACCCUCAGCCCCCCUGAGGUCUUUGAUCAAAUUCAUGGAGCUGCCUCUAAUUCCCCCGAUUCUGAGUUUCUUUGCGUUUCCUGAUGUUUGUGUUUGAUUUUUUUAUAACUUUUCCUACACGUGGAGCCGACAGGAGGCUCAGCUUCAACUGUCCAGGUAAACUUUGGGCUGUUAGGUGUGGGUUUGCUGCUUGUGUUUGACUGCAAAACUGUGAUGUACCUGCAUGUUUUUACCCACAAUGCAUUUUUCUAGCCUGACCGAGAGUCUCUUGGUGUGAGAAAGUGAAGGUGCACAUACCUCAGUGUGCUUCUCGUCCUGACUCGCUCACCAUCUCAGGUAGUCUGUGUGACUUUUAGCUUACCUGAAGGACCAAGUCGACGCUGAAGUGUUCAUUGCCCAUCCACAAGUCACAAGAACCACCAGACAUGCACACCAGGACCACCUGAGGGUCUUCACGCUAACGAUGCUCGAGGUCCCGUUAACAGUUAGUAACCUGUGGGCUGUGAUGGGUGGCGAGCCACAGGAGAAAGGUUUAGGGUCAUGUGACAACACCGGGCAAUACAUAGGGGUAGGAAAUGUAGGCACGUGACAGUUUCAAAGCUUUUAUUUUGAAACGUGAACAUGUUGCUGUGGGGCAGGGAUCGUUCUUGGGUGCCUUUUAGCUCAGGUGCACAAACACACCUGCAGCAGGUGUGCCAGUCUGAAACGGGUCUCUGCAACAUUUGACCUUCAUUUCCUCUGUUGUGCGGUACAUUAAGGUCCUGUGUGAUAUUCUCUGUGAGGGAAGCUGCUUCAGUUUAUUCAAAAUAAAAGUAUCAGAUGAA